AUGCCCCACUCAACAUUAGAAGAGCCCGAGCCCGCCUUCUGCAGGAGGUGCAAGGAAAUAAGACCAGUCGGCCAUACAGAACACGGCAGGCGUGGUGCGAGCGGAGAAGGGGGACUGGAGAGUGUCACGGCUACUGCUCCUAGGGGUACUUUUCGACCUCCACGUAUGAUCAGGCAGGAUGCGACUGUUGUCAGGACUCCGAAUGUGAGAACAGGGACGGUCUCUAGUCGAGAACUACUAGAGGAUAGAUAG